ACCACGCCCACUGAACUGAGUUGAUUCGCUUAAAUUUGACCUUCCUUAGUGCAAAUUGCGAGUAUAUAAACUAGAUCACGGGGUGUCACAUUUAUCAUUCACAUUUGUGAAACAUACAAACAUGUUCUCCAAAAUCGUAGCCCUUUGCGCCUUCGCGGCUGUGGCCCAGGCCGGUCUCCUGGUUGAGCCGCACUACUCCUCGGCCGCCGCCGUCUCCUCGCAAAGCAUAGUGCGUCACGACCAGGCCCAAGCCGUGGCCCACAAACUGGUGGCUGCCCCCAUCGCCUACCACUCCGCCCCCACUCACGUAGAAUACCACGCCGCUCCCGCUCACGUCGCCUACCACGCCACCCCUGCUGCCGUCGCCUACCACGCCGCGCCCGCUCCUGUUGCGUACCACGCCGCUCCUGCUGCUGUCCACUACACUGCUCCCAUCGCUCAUGAAGAAAUUCCGCACUACUCCUCGGCCGCCGCCGUCUCCUCUCAGAGCAUCGUGCGCCACGACCAGCCCCAGCUGGCCCACAAGCUGGUGGCUGCCCCCGUCGCCUACCAUGCCGCUCCCGCUCACGUCGCCUACCACGCCGCUCCUGCGCAUGUUGAAUACCACUCCGCCCCCGCCCCCGUGACCUACCACUCUGCCCCCGCUCCCAUCGCCUACCACUCUGCCCCCGCUCCCAUCGCCUACCACUCUGCCCCCGCUCCCGUCGCCUACCACGCUGCUCCCGCUGCCGUCCACUACGCCGCUCCCGUCGCCCACGAGGAAAUCUCUCAGCCAGCCAAGUACGAGUACUCCUACUCUGUUGCUGACGGACACACCGGCGACAACAAGUCCCAGCACGAGACCCGUGACGGUGAUGUCGUGAAGGGCUCUUACUCUCUCAAGGAGGCUGACGGAUCCAUCCGCACCGUGGAGUACACCGCUGACCCCCACAACGGUUUCAACGCCGUGGUGCACAACACCGCCCCCACGCACGCCCCCGUCGUCGUCAAGGCCGCUCCCGUCGUCUACUCUGCCCCCACUUACUACCACCAUUAAGUCAAGAAAUGUGUAGAUUAAAAUAUUUAAUAUUACAAAUAUUUAUUAAACUAU